AUGGCCGAACAGAGGAGCACGAAUGCAAAGAUUUACAAAUGCUGGGGCUAUACGUUCGAAUGGAUCGACGGUCUUCACUCUCCAGUGGAGCAGUUGCACUCCAUCAUGCUCAACUAUGACAAACUUGUAGAUGAGUGUCUAGAUCGCCUGGAUGAGAUCUCACCCCCAGGAAGUGCCCGUGCAAAGAGCACAGGGAGCCCCGACGCUCGAACACCGAAGAGAGACCUCUACUCUCUGCUGGAGAAGCACGCAAAAGACGAUCCAAAGCUCGACGAACUGUGGUCUGAGGUCAACACCGUCCCGGACUGGGUCGAGUGGGAGCAAAUUAAACGGGGUCAAGAAGUGUUCUUCCGCUAUGGAACACCGAUUCUCAAUGUACUCGGCUUUCAAAGCCUCCUCGGCGGAAUGGGUUCCCCCCGAGUUGUUGAGACCUUGGCCCGGACUGGAGGUUUCUCGGCGGACGUUGUACGGCGCAGGCUGCUGGAAACUCUACAGCACAUCCUUCAGGUGUCCCUAUCAUUGGACUCGAUAAAGCCUGGGGGUAAAGGUCAUAUCUCCUCCGUCCGGGUCCGGUUGUUACAUGGAUCGGUCCGUCGUAGGGUGCUGAGCCUUGUCAAAUACAGACCCGAGUACUACGACAUCAAGAAAUACGGGAUUCCCAUUAACGACUUGGAUUGCAUUGGAACUAUCCACACGUUCUCAACGAGUGUGGUCUUCCUUGGGCUUCCACGACAAGGUAUCUUUUUGAGGAACCAGGAAAUUGACGAUUAUAUUGCCCUUUGGAGACUUGUCGCGUAUUACAUGGGCACACCAACCGAGUGCUUCGAGACAACGGCUCGGGCACGAGCGAUGAUGGAGUCGAUCUCGGUGUCAGAGUUAGACCCAACCGAUACUGGUAGGAUACUGGCGCAGAACAUCAUUAUUGGACUCGAAAACACAGCCCCCACAUAUGCGUCGAAGGAAUACCUUGAGGCUAUGGCGAGAAAACUCAACGGUGACGAGCUAUCUGAUAGACUUGACCUACCGCGUCCCUCUUUAUACUACCAAGCACUCGUGUAUGGGCAUUGUAUAAUGGUCAUGGCCACGUGCUAUGGACUUCGAGUGUUUCCGAUGCUCGAUCAAGCUUUCAUUAAGUCGCACAACGCGUUUAGGGAGACGCAGGGUGUCCCAACCGGCAUGGUGCGGUGUAGAGACUCUGGGACAGCUAGGUCUUCUCACUGCGCUCCUUGCUGGAGUGGCCCUGUUUUGCGGGGCUAUUUAUGGAUUCAGGGUGCUGGCCCCCAUUGUUGUUCCAGCUACAUUCAUCCCAGAGGUUUAUUGAAAGAAACGGUGCGGCCAAUGUUCUGUCAAGGGGAAUUUACUGUGUCUACUGUAUCCGUUCUCGUCUCAUGAUAAUGAUAGCGACUAGUUCCUUAUAUCUGAAUAUGGAAACAGGUCUCGUGUGCCUGGAGAGAUAGCAACCCUUUUAAUAGGUCCAGGAACCAACCUUGAAGGUCUUCAGGAUGUUCUAGACAAGAUCUUCAGCAUCUUCAGUACAUGGCCCACUUAUUGAGUCCUUGUUCGGCUGGGUCACGCCACAAUGACGCCAUAGAAGAAAGAAACAUUAAAUAACCUCAAGAACUAAUCGGUUUUCCUGCAUGAAAAAUUUAGAUUCAAUUUCGACUGAUCCGUUAACUCUAACCCGAGGACUUAUCAUGGUCGAUGAUGGUAUCGUCGUGCCGUUGGUGGGCGCCUUACAAGCUUGCGUCUCCGUUCUGCUGACCAUGAGCUACGGGGUCGCAGCGCAAAGGCUACGAUUAAUUCAGGAGCACUCAAUCACUGAUAUGGCUGGACUAGGAGUGAAGCUGUUUCUCCCCGCUUUAAUCAUCAUCAAUCUAGGCGAACAGCUGCAAUUAGGAAAUGCGUUGAACUACAUCCCCGUUCUCAGUACUGCUCCCCCGAACCAUCUCGGAAAUUGAUAAUAACCUCUGCAUUGCCAGUUUGGUCCAUUCUUUACACCAGUGUCUCGAUUGGCCUAGCAUAUUUCGUCUCCAAGGGACUGAAGCUCCCGCACUGGGUGACGCCUGCCUGCGCAUUCAACAACACGACAUCCCUGCCGCUCCUCUUGCUGCAAUCGCUGGAAA